GUGAAGUUUGUAACACGGAUAUUUGUUUUGGAAGAGCAAGCUAGCGCAAGUUCGUCAUUCAACAAAAUCCUUCGUGAGUAAAAUGUGAGAUUUCAUCGUGGCUUUGUCUUAGGCUGACUGACAAGAGCACACAACCAUGUUGAUUUACGUGGAAAGCAGCGCCUUUGCGAUUCACUCCUUUGUUCUGCAAUGUUUCCCUGGCGACACGCUGGCCCGUGUCAGGGCCAACCUCUUGCACAUCCUGUACCAGAUGGGUCACGAGGACCAUCAAUUCCGCAUGAGGUAUAAAGGUCAAUAUCUACGAGACGCAUACACAUUGGAGGAUUACCGCAUCGGAGACCACUGUGUGCUAAAGAUGGUACCGCUGGCUAAAAAACAUGAGUCCUUCACAGAUGUGAAAGCCGAGAAGGCCAAGCUGGGUGCAGGGCAGAGCGAUGAGAUCAAGUUUGCUCUGAUCAAGGAAGUGGCCAUGUUGAAAUGGAGAGAACAGAUGAUGUCCGGUUUCAGUGGCAUCCUGUCGCUGAAUCGUGUCUUCACUCUGUUUGCUGCUUUGAUGUUCUUAUGGUACUUCAUUUCACCGUACCAGCCCUGGCAGUACGGAUCCUUCCUCCCAUGGGCCAUGUUGAUCUACUGUGUGGGUGUGGGAUUGAUUACGUUGUACACCAUGGAGAAAUGUCCGUCAUACACUCACAGAUCGGGAUUUACUGGUCCGUCCAGUCUAUGGCCUAAGUUUUUCUUGGUGACUUUUUCCAUUUUGACGAUGGUGAAUUGGGGUGUAGCGCUUUUUCUGACCAUCAGGUUUAUUCUGUCCAUCCUGGAUUAUUCUUGUCUGACGGAUGAGACGACUGAUUCCUGCACAGUGCGUGGUUUCUGGUCCUACUUCUUAGCCAUUUACUUCUCUCUGCACUCUAUCUAUCUCUUCAUCAUCUGGUCAAUGGCUAUGUCCUUGCUCUACAACUUCAAGUUCAGCAUUGGUGAUUUCCUGGAGGAACACCUCGUGGUUACCAGGGAUGUGGAGAAGGUGAUUGAGACGGCGAGAAAUGGAAGAAUAAAGGAAAGAAGACAAGCUGCCUUUGAGUUGGCCACUCUAGCAACAACUGGAGAUGACAGCAAAUUCAGGAUCGUCGCUGAGGGAGGGUUGGAGGUCCUAAUCUCUCUUGGUCUAUCCACUGAUGAAGCAACUCAAGAAUAUUCCACAGAGGCAAUGGCUGAGUUGCUUACAGUUCCAGCUAUCCAGGAUCAGUUUGUGGAGUUGGGAGGCAUCACCACGCUGACCACCCUCCUGCAUUCCCGCUACCCACGCCUAGUCCAAGAGGCGGUCACUGCCAUCUCUUACAUCGUGGUAGACUCUGAGGACAACAAGCAAGCCGUUAUUGCUGACCGGGGCCUGGAUGACCUUGCUCAUGCAGCUAAGGAAGGUAACGAGGUCACUAAGCGCAACAUAGCUGGGAUCUAUCUUGACUUAGCCUUCAGCCCGAGCGUAAGAGCUCAGAUGGCCUCACGUAAUUCCCCAACUGCAGCACUAGUGUCACUGUGUACAACACCCGACAACGAGACGCUUAGGCUAGCCCUUCAAGCUCUUGAACUACUGGCUAUAGAGAGCUCAGAGGUUAUCCUUUAUCAGGAGGACCUCCUUGAUCGUCUUCUGAACAUCCCUCGUCUCACCAAGGAUUCAGAAAUCUUCCUUCUGGCUGGCAAGAUCUUACUCUACUCUGCUGAGAGUCCUGAGGCUUGUGUCAAAAUGCUGGCUGCCCAGAACUUGAAGACUACACUGUUUCAAUUUGCCAAAACGGGUGAUCCCAUUCUGCAGAAGGUGGUUGCUAAAGUGAUUCUGUGCACUCUAGAGGAGAGAGCCCUUGCAGCGAAGGCCAAGGAGCUGAACCUGAAAGAGAUUCUAGUUUACAUCCGUGGCCACGCUGACGACCGUGAGGCAUGGAACAUGGCAGACGAGGGGAUCACAACCUUCGAUAAUGCUCUCUUCAGCAGCUUUGUGCCCGGACCAGAGAGUGAUAUGGGCUCACUUCUUUCCUUCAAGAAACCUCCGCUACCGAUGUUUGAAGGCGCAAAAGGAAUGACUGGAUCGUCGGUGAGUAUGUCUGAAGCUGUAGCGCAAUCAAGCUCACCACCGGACAGUGAUAGUCAGAGAUCUCAAGGUGUUGAUGAUAGAAGACCGACAGAGGUGAUAAGACCAGGGUCAAAGGGUAAUAAAAGAAAGACCAAAUCAGCUUCAUCAACAUCUUCCUCCUCCUCCUCCUCCUCCUCUUCCUCCUCCUCAUCUUCCUCAAGUAAAAGCAACAGUGACAAAAAGUAAUUAUUUAUGGGGCGUCUUGGCCGAGGUUUUUAGAGCAUAACAUUCAAGUUCAUUAGAAUGUUGGUUAAAAUCCCAGUUAUUACACUUGUACCCCUGAGCAUGAUGCUUUACUAUAUUUGCUUCUCUUCACCCAGGAGUAUAAAUGGGUACCUGUGAGAAGGAAGUUGAUACUGUGUUUGAAAAGGCCUCCUGAGUGCCACGACAGCCCGUGGCUGAAUACUCCCUACUAGGGAGCUGAGAAACUGUUAUUGGCCCAAUGUAAAGCGCAUUGAUAUGCUGUUGUGAAAUGCGCGUUAAAAGAUCUAGUUAUUGAUAUUAUUAUACAGCUCAGAAAUCAAAAUGAAAUAAUAGUCAUAAAAUGUAGUCUACGCUUUUGGUAAAGUGAUUGGCAAUACAUCUGUAUCUGAGUCAUCAGUUCAGGGAAUAAUUGUAGAUUAUUUGAAGGGCACCAUUUUCACAAAAACAGCAUGUUUUUAAUGCUACAAUUGGAAAUCACCGGUCAGAACUUUCCUCAGUACUUAAUACUUGUACAUACUUUCUUUUUGUUUCCGGUUUUGAUUUGUUUUCAGCUGUCUGAAACAAAAUGUUGAAUUAUUCAUUUAGACACUUGCAUGCUAUUGAUAUUCAUUGUGUAUUAUAGUGUGGGGCGUGUAUCAUCACACACUUGAGUAGAUGGAGUGAGCAUUAAGGGAGUGAAUAUAGUAGUUGUGUGAGUACCUACACCGAUCUACAUUAAACACUUUAUUUUCGUUGUGCUUUAGGAUUCAAACUGCCUCUGAAAUGGCAAUGUCAUGGAUGAAAUCCCACUAGAGUUUGCCUUUGGAUUAUAUACAGUGCUUAAUACACAUUGCUGUAGGGUACAAUACAAGUAAUAUUCUUUAUUUCGGAUGCAACUUUAAAAUCUUUUGUUUAAUGUAGUUGUUUUAUCAUGUAGAAAGAGAUGGAAAGACAUUUUAUAUAUAUAUUUUCUAGUUUUGUAGAUUUUAUAUUUAAAAGAUAUGUAAAAAGAGGAAAGAAUGUUUUUUCUGUACAAAAUGAUUCCGUCCAUAAUGUACAAAUUUUAAUUGAUAAUCAUUGUCCAUCAUAGUAGAAUGGUUGGUUGGAGUAAGGGUUGCUGUCAGUACAAAGGAUUGGGGUAAGAGUUGGGGUCAAUGGUUUAAGACAUUAUGCUUAGAGUUUUGGUUUGGUAUGGGUUAAAGUUGCCGUUAGAACAAGGUAUUGAGGUUGGGUCAAAGUUCAUUGGUAAGGGUUUGAGUUGCUGUUGGUCAGGGGAAUUGGGCCGAGUUGGAUAAAACUGCUGGACUUACCCCUUGUCCGUUUUUCAAUUUUAGGCCAAAAUUUGACGAAAC